AGCCAAUUCGUGAUCCAGCUGCUCGCAAAUCUUCUAGGACGGCAAUCAUGGCGCCUGGGGAAUCAGGGCAGCCGCAGGCAUCCGGCGAUUCUGCGCCUGUUGCUUCAUCGCCUCCUUUGCCGCCUCCCGAGAAGCCGUCGGCAGUCAGACAGCGAUCCUAUGUCGUGUUGUCCUUCUGGCUGGUUGUCCUUCUGCUUGGACUGCCCAUCUGGUGGAAGACAACGGCGAUUUACCGAGCCGAGUUGCCUCUGGAUAGGAUGCUGAAGUGGGCUGACGGAAAGGCUUGUCGACCCGUUUUCCCCCUCCAGAUCUCGAUACAGGCGGAUUCUCUCCAAGAGCAAGAAGCGCAGAAUCUUAUCCGGUUGACCCAGCAUGCAUUGGACGACCUCAAUGACUUCUCCGGCCACCAUUUGCGCUUGCAGCUUGCGCCGCGGAACGCGCCCCUUCCAAGAGACGACUUUCAAACCGCUUUGACGAUUCGCCUCAAACCGGGCACCAGCAGCUCGGCCUCUCUCAACCAGGAAUCGGCUGUUCUCGACAUAACUUAUCCUCCAAACCAUGUUCCGUCUCUCACGUCGCCAUCUUCUCCGCUCGCAUCUUACAUCACCAACGAACUCCGAGCUACCUUUGCCGAGGAACAGUCCAUUAUAUCAUACCUCCUUUCUACGUCGUCCAUGUCUACCGGCGUGCGUCCCCAAGGCCUGAGUGCCGAGGCCGCCGAAGCUCUCUCCAAGCGAACGACUCGAUCUCUGCGAUACGCUCCGACAUAUCAUCUCACCUUUUCUCUGUUCACCGACAAUGCGCUGCCCAAUACCUGGGAUAUCGAGGCCGCAUUGGACGAGUACAUCCGACCAAUGCUGGAGGUCCUGCGCCCCAUCCACAACUUUACCAUCGACACACAAAUUCAGCUAUACGCCAUUCCCGGUGUACAAUCUCAAGUGCUUAGCAAAGACCACCUAUCCUCGUUUAUCAAUGCUGCAGAGUGGCCGCUGUCCCCAUCUAUUGGCAAGGCGCCGACGAUCAACUUUGUCAUAUACAUUGGAAACCAGACAGUUGGGCUGGAUGCUGAGGCAGAGACAGCUCAGUCAUGGAUGAUCCCCCAAUGGGGCACCGUGUACCUGCUUUCUCAACCCGACACGGAGAGCCAUGUAUCGACCGCAGCGCUGAAACAGCCCAUGCUUACGUUUGGUGGCCAUUUGUUAUCACUAAUGGGCACUCCUCAGUCUGGGUCGCUGCCCUUGAGACUCUCCACCCUGGGUCGCAUCCGAUCUACGGAUCUUUUGCUUCGCGCAUCGUCCACUCUGGGAUCUCUUGCGAGACUAUCACUCGCGCUGCCUUCCAUCUCGAUUCCUCGCAGCGUUGCAGACGGUGUUUCAAAGACGAUGCAUCACUUGGAGCUGGCCUGCGCUGAUCUUGGAGGGCCUGAAGGACUGAUGCACGCGAGAAUUGCAGAGGAGGAGGCAGAGAGGGCUUUCUUCGAGAAGAGCAUGGUGGGACAAUUGUACUUCCCAGACGAGCACAAGAUUGCCGUCUAUCUCCCGUUGCUUGGACCGGUGUUUGUGCCGCUCCUCAUGGGACUAAUAAAUGAGGUAAAGAAGUUUAUAAAGGAGGCGAAGCAGAAAGCACAGGAAGCUAGAAGUAAGAAACAUCAGUAAUAAAUUUUAGAUCUUUUCUUCUUUUUUUUUUUGGUUAUAUGAAAUAGAAAGAUACCCACG